AUAGCCCAAUCACGACGCGGCACGAGGCAGAGUUAUCGGGGACGCAGCGUCGGUUGUCGGGCGGUAAAUGGUAAACUUAUCCCUUGCGGAUUCUUAAUGAAAUAAACGCCGAUUCGCACAUAAUAUGAAGAAGUCUAAGCCAGUGCUGCAUGACCAUCUGAUAACGAAUCGCGUCAAGAAGUACCUCGAGGAGCACAUCGGAGAGACAUAUCUGGAUGUGAAGCAGAUGACCAGGGAGUUGAUGCAAAAGUAUCCAGAGUACUCGCGUCGCAAAUUCGGUCCCUUCCGACAACUGGUGCACCAAGCAUUCUCCAUCAUAUCCGACAGUUAUAACUUGGACAAAGUUAGCAGUUCGGACGAGGACUCGGGCAGCGAGGAGUUAGAGGCCCAGCUGGAGAGCAACAACAGCGUGAUGAACAUGAUGAAUAGCCUGUACAGCCAGCCCCCGAGGAAGCCGCUGCUGGACAAGCCCAUCAGCGAGCCCAUCGACAUAUCGAGUGGCGAUGAAAACGACGAUGACUCCAAUACCAAUACCAAGUCAACAAAUGGAAAAUCUCCCAUUUCGGCAUCGGCAUCAGCAUCGGCUUCGGCUUCGGCUCCGGUAUCCGUAUCCAGCCAUUCCAGCGCCCUGAAACGUUUGAUGGCGGACAGUAUUGAACCCACCUCGGCUCCCAAGAAAUCAGCGAAACCCAAUGUCCAUGUGUCCGCACAGGAGGGACUGCACAAGAACCAUUCUAGCUCCGGUAAGAACCACAACGAUGGAUCUGGCUCUCGGCGUGACCAUCGGAAUGCGACGCUCCUCUAUCAGCAGCUGCAGCAGCAGAAUUCGGCACGCGACCAACAAAACUCUAAACGAAAGUACAAAAAGGAGCUGGAGUUGCAGCACAUUACUGAGAGCUUCCGUGACAUUGGCGGCAUGGAUAGUACUCUGAAGGAGCUGUGUGAGAUGCUCAUCCACAUCAAGUCGCCGGAGUUCUACUUUCAACUGGGAUUAUUGCCGGCUAGGGGCCUCUUGCUGCAUGGCCCGCCCGGCUGUGGUAAGACAUUCCUGGCCCGUGCCAUCAGUGGGCAAUUGAAGAUGCCGCUCCUGGAAGUGCCAGCUACGGAAUUGAUUGGCGGAAUAUCUGGCGAAUCGGAGGAGAGAAUCCGCGAGAUCUUCGAACAGGCUAUGAGCUAUUCGCCAUGCGUGUUGUUCAUCGACGAAAUCGAUGCUAUUGGCGGUAAUCGUCAGUGGGCUUCCAAGGACAUGGAGCGUCGCAUUGUGUCCCAGUUGAUCAGCAGCUUGGACAGCCUGAAGGGCAAUGAGUUUGGCCAGUCGGUGGUGGUGAUUGGGGCCACCACUCGUCCGGAUGUGUUGGAUCCGGGUCUGCGACGUAUUGGUCGGUUCGAUCAUGAGAUUGCCAUACACAUCCCAUCGCGCAAGGAGCGUCGCGAGAUCUUGCGCAUUCAGUGCGAGGGAUUGUCCAUUGAUCCGAAGCUCAAUUACGAUAAGAUAGCUGAGCUGACGCCGGGCUAUGUGGGUGCCGAUUUAAUGGCCCUCGUUUGCCGCGCCGCCUCCAUAGCCGUGAAGCGUCGAUCCAUGAAGAAGUUCCGCGAGCUUCACGCUGCCAGCGAACAGAAUAUGACCACGGUGACUCUGGACGACGAUGAACCAACUGAUGCCCCAUCAGAGGAAAAAUCUGACAAGAACGCGGAUCCCAAAGGUGAUGGGGAUAAGGAGAAAAGCGCCAAGAACGAGGAGAACUCCGAUAAGAAGGAGGAAAACUCCAAAAAGAAGGAAAAUGCGGACAAGAAAGAGGAAAAGAAAGAUGAGAAAAAAGAGGAAAAAAAAGAUGAGAAAAAAGAGGAAAAAAAAGUUGAGAAAAAAGAUGAGAAAAAGGAGGAUAAAAAAGAAAAGUCUGAAAAGAAGGUUAAUGAAACAUCGGAUGAAAAGACUUCAGAAAAAGCUGGCCAUAACGAAGACGAUCCCAUGGACGUUGACUCUGACACUGGAAACAAAGAUGAUGAGAAUCCAGAGGACGACUACUACGAGCCCACGCUGGCCGAGCUCACUAACUUCCUGGACAAUCCCCCCGAGGAGUUUGCCGAUCCCAACUUUUGCCUCACCCUCGUUGACUUCGUGGACGCCAUUAAGGUAAUGCAGCCAUCGGCCAAGCGCGAAGGCUUCAUAACCGUACCGGACACCACAUGGGAUGACAUUGGCGCCCUGCAGGACAUCCGUGAUGAGCUUAAGCUGGCUGUACUGGCGCCCGUCAAAUACCCUGAGAAGCUGGAGCGCCUGGGCUUGACCGCUCCUUCGGGUGUCCUUCUUUGCGGCCCUCCCGGCUGUGGCAAGACUCUGUUGGCCAAGGCCAUUGCCAAUGAGGCUGGCAUCAACUUUAUAUCCGUAAAGGGUCCCGAGCUAAUGAAUAUGUACGUCGGUGAGAGUGAGCGUGCUGUGCGUGCCUGCUUCCAACGUGCCAGGAACUCGGCACCCUGUGUCAUUUUCUUCGACGAGUUCGACUCACUCUGCCCGAAGCGCUCCGAUGGCGGGGAUGGCAACAACUCGGGCACCCGCAUCGUUAACCAGCUGCUGACGGAAAUGGAUGGCGUGGAGGAGCGCAAAGGGGUCUACAUUCUAGCUGCCACUAACCGACCGGACAUUAUUGAUCCGGCAAUCCUGCGACCGGGUCGCUUGGACACCAUUUUGUAUGUGGGUCUGCCAGAAAAAACCGAGCGGGCUGAGAUUCUGAGGGCCACUACCAAGAACGGAAAGCGGCCGGUGCUGGCCGAUGAUGUGAGUCUGGAGGAGAUUGCGGCCAAAACUGAAGGCUACACGGGUGCCGAUUUGGCUGGCUUGGUCAAGCAGGCCUCCAUGUACGCCCUGCGCCAGUCCUUGAACGCUGGUGACUCGAAUCUCGAGGAUCUGUGUGUUCGCAACCAGCACUUCAAGGAAGCACUGCAGAGCCUUCGUCCCUCAGUUGGCGAACAGGAUCGCAAGGUAUACGAUAAGUUGCGACAAAAAUACGCUGCACCGCGAGUGCCGGCCUUCGACGAAAAGUGAACCUCAACAAGUAUUCGUUUGUUGUGAUAGUACAUAGGCACACAUAAUCACUAAGUAUGUGAACGGCGAGAAUUUUCUUUCAUUUUUAUUUCCUUUAUAAACCGGAAGAUAAUAAAUAUUUUUUUAAGUUUUUUGAAUUUGAUUUUUUAACGAAAUGAAGUUAAGAAAGACAUAAGUUGCCUGAAAUGACGAAGGAAAUAAAUAGAACAACGUAAUAAAGCUUCUAUUUAGAAAUA